AUGUUCUUGCUCACAAGAAGCCGGUAUUCAUAUAGGUUUUCUUGCCAUACACGAUGUUUGCAUACGGGAAUUCGGGCAACUAAUCGGCCUUUUCAAAAAUCGAUCACUCGCCGCAUUGCCAUAAUCUCCGCAACAGCGGUUUCAAUCUAUGCUAUCGACGAAUUAUACUACGCUUCACUUCUUCAACGUUCUGCUCGGGCUGUUUACGUGCUACUUUGGGUAGCGUAUCAGUAUUCCCGAAACAUUGACAAGUACGACUCUAUAAAUGACCUUCAUGAGAUAGCGUCAGAGAAGUUGUUCGCCAUGAUUGAGAAGAACAAGGGGCUCUAUAUAAAACAAGGCCAGGCCGUUGCCAACCAGGCAUCCGUGUUUCCAGUUGCGUAUCAGAAAAGGUUCAGCGGCUUAUACGAUGCUGCGCCGCAAGAUCUAUGGUCAGACGUUGACCGUGUUCUACGAAAAAACUUGGGGUCUGAUUACGAGACGCAAAUCUUCGAGUAUAUCGAGCAUGAUCCCGUAGCUUCGGCUUCGAUAGCACAGGUGCAUAGAGCCAAGUUAAAAGACGAGCAGACACUAGUUGCGGUGAAAGUUCAACAUCCCUAUAUCUCGAAACAAGUGGCAGUGGACCUAGCUGUUUAUCGUGGCAUAUCAUGGGUGUAUUCUCGACUCUUUGAUUUGCCUCUUUCUUUUUUCACACGCUACAUCUCAGAUCAAAUCAUCAAGGAAGCAGACUUCCGCAUCGAAGCUGCUCAUUCCGAAAGAAUUGCGAAGCUUUUGAGGGAGGAUAAAGUAUUAGACAACCUGUGCUUCCAUAUCCCUGCUACAUAUAAUAUGUAUACACGGAAACAGGUUUUGGUGUCUGAGUGGAUAGACGGUGUUUCUUUGGCAGAUAAGAAUAAGUUAGUGGAUGCGAAAUUUAAUUUGACAACCCUCAUGAGUCAAUACUUGAAUUUGUUUGGGAGACAGAUCUUCGAGUACGGCUUUGUACAUUCUGAUCCUCACCCGGGAAAUUUAUUAGCUCGAUUUCACAAGGGCAAGCAGCAAUUGGUGCUAUUGGACCAUGGACUCUACGUGUCGCUUUCUCCUAAGUUUCAGAGUGAAUAUUGUGAGUUGUGGAAGUACCUCUUUUGUUUUGAUCAGAAAAGUAUAGAAAGAAUAGCACAGGAGUGGGGAGUUGGGUCCACUGACCUUUUAAGUACUAUUGUUCAACUUCGUCCGCCUAAGAAUGCGGAUUUGUCCAAGAGUCGAAACUCACUUGAUCUCAUUAGAUCCUUGUUAGGUGAUGAGGCGAAGUUUCCUCUCGAGCUAUUAUUCAUUCUGAGGACUAUGAGGAUGAUGCAGAAUUUGAAUCAGAGCAUGGGCAGCCCUGUUAACAGGGUCAACUUGCUUACAAAUAGUGCGAUUCAGCUGUCACAUCGUACAAAGCUAGAUUUAACCCACAGGGCAACGUGGUUACAAAUUUUGCAAAUCAGAUUUGGUCUCCUUUUCAGUGACGUUGUGUUCUGGAUCCUCCGACUCCGGCAGUUAAUUUUGGGUAGAUUUUAUGGAACAACAGGAAAAGGUUUAGAGGAUUACAUCGACGCAUACAUGAAGGAGACUGCUCGUUCUUUUGGGCUUGAAUUUGCCGAAGAAGUGCCCGUUUAA